AUGUGGUUUAGCUUUUCACCGUCAUAUUUUCCAAUCAUACUGACCUGCUUCUUCAAAAAACGAAUUCAUUUUAUCGUAGAACACGUUGCUGCAAAAACCUUGGCUUCUCUUCUUACUUUGUCACUAUUACAACCUUCUUUCAUAAAGGUUCCUUCCCACAAGUUCUACGAUCGUGAUCAAGCACUAAAUUCAUUGUUGAAAGUUGCUCGUUUUAACUACCAAGGUUGCAAAAGUCCUGACCACAAAGAUCAUAGAUUCAUCCUAAUUCCUGGAGGAAUAGGAAUAGGGAAGACACGGACGGGCUAG